AUGUCCGUACACAGCGUCGAGGAGGACGAGAGUGACCACAACGCCGCCGUUGAGCCGUUCGAGGGGGAGGACGAAUUGGAUGUCAACGGCGAGCCUGAACUCGACCUGCAGAGCGACAGGGAGCGAUUGAUGCACGAUCAGAUAAUAGACAACUUCCUUGCGCCCCUCGCUGUCAAUGAUGCCCGCCUAUACCAGCUAGGCUGCCGUUUCUCCCAGCUCUACCUCGAGCUCGCGCGCACAUCUGACCAGCAAUUCCUGCCCACACCCGUCACUCGGCUGCCCAGCGGCCAGGAGACGGGUAGAUACCUGGCUAUAGACGUCGGUGGGAGCAAUCUCAGAGUCGCCUUCAUCGAACUACUCGGUGCUGCCGCCGACGACCUGGAAAACAGCAGCGCCAGCAGCACCAGCAACGGUGUUCAGGCCAGUGAAGCCGUAUCCAAUUUGGAAAGGUCACGUGAUACUCUUCGAAAGGCGCAGAGGCAUCGAGUGCGCCGGACGCUGGAGAAAGCAUGGCCGAUAGCUGAGCAUCUCAAGAUGGAUAAGGCCGAGGACCUCUUCCUGUGGAUCGGAGACUGCAUGGCCGAGGUGGUCGCGGACAGCUUGGCUGCGAAGCCCGACGUCGAGGAAGCCCCUGAAGAACUCGAGAUGGGCAUCACCUUCAGCUUUCCUAUGAUGCAAGACUCGCUGGCAGAGGCUACGCUGAUGCCCAUGGGUAAAGGUUUCGCAAUCACAUCGGACCUAAACCUGGGGAAGAUAUUACUAGCAGGCUACGAUAGACAUACCCGGAGGCCGUACGGCUCUGAUGAACCUUCUACAAAACGACGGAGGAGGUUUCCAUUGCCGAAGCUAAAGAUUGCAGCCAUCACCAACGACACGGUUGCCACUCUCGCUUCUCUAGCCUACAUGGUGAAGUCGCUACCGAACAGUCGAGUUGCUAUGGGCCUCAUCGUGGGAACAGGAUGCAAUGCCACAAUACCCAUGAAACUAACAGACCUACACGAGUCUAAAGCUAAGUGCGUUUCCUCACAGCAGCCAGAUGCGAUGGAGACGGUAGUCAACACCGAGUUCACCCUUGGAGGUGCGGCUCCCCCCUUACGAGAGCUAAAAUUCACCACCAAAUGGGAUAUCCAACUGGACGAGCAGUGUGCGCGGCCUGGCUUCCAGCCGUUCGAGUACAUGACCGGAGGACGAUACAUCGGCGAACUAGUCAGGCUCGUCUUCUACGACUAUCUUACAUCAGUGCUAAAUUUGUCACCAAAGUCACUACCUGCCAACCUCAUCCAAGGCUAUGCGCUAUCAACUAGCUACUUAUCCAACCAUGUAGCUCCUAUGCAUACCGAUCAGGACCUAGUAGUGAAGCUCAAGUCUACUCUCCCUCCUCCCGAGUCAAGCAGUUGGAAUUGGGACAUUUACACUGCCCGUGCAUUCCGAAAAACUGCGAGGAUAGUACAGACACGCUCUGCAGGGCUCGUUGCAGCAGCAGUUGUUGGUCUCUUAGCAUGUCAAAAGGAAAUCCAACUCCGCUCAGAUGGUGCUACUAACCCCAGGCGAUCUACCAAUAUCAUUGUCCCGUCGUUUAACAAUUCAACUGAUACCAUAACCAGCGUGUAUAGACCCGCAUCUACUACACCACAGGACCCUUCUACGCCAGGAAUGGACUCACCCCCAUCCGGUUGGCAAUCUGGCCCGGAGGAGUUGGUUGUUGCUUAUACAGGUGGUAUUAUCCAGCACUACCCACAUUUCAAGGAGACAUGUCAGGGCUUCAUCGACCGUCUCGUCAUAUGGGAUGGACCACAGGAAAGUGGUAAAUCCGUGUUUCUCCGAGAGGCUUCCGACGGAGGCAUUAUUGGUGCAGGUGUCCUGGCUGGCAUGGUAUCAAGCACAUGA